CUAGUCUAACCCGAGCUCAGGGCUGCUUCUCUUCUACUUAGAUCAUCUCUCCCUGGAGCUGGACUUCUUCAUAUUCCCUCAGUCCCUUCUAGCUGUAUUUACUUGUCUUUUUUUUUCUCUGUGUUUAUGUCAUUUUUCUCCAUUUCUGUGUCGGUUGCUGGGAUGUAGGAUAUAGAGAGUGGGGUUUUUCCUCCCCUCCAGCACCCUGCUGAGUUUUGGUGUGGUGUGUUGUUGUUUUUUUUUCUUUUCCUUUCCUUCUUCCGAUCUGGGGAACAAGUGCCAGUCUCCACUUUGGCUGACAACUCUGCAAAGUACUUUUCAGUUGAAUGUGGCUCCGGAAUUGGGCGACAGUUGGCAGCUUUUCUGGUGCUUUUUUGCUACAGGAAAGGGAUGGAUCUAUAGACCAUUUCUCACCACGGCAAAGAGGUGAGCGUGUCUGAGAAGAAGGGAGAUAUGCCCCUCACGGGAAGAUAUCGAGUUCCUUACAUCUUGAUUCUUCUUGCACUCCUCUGGGGUGGAGAGAGAAUUCGGGCACAAAGAGCAGGUUGCAAGAAUGUCCACUAUGAUCUUGUCUUCAUCUUGGAUACCUCUUCCAGCGUGGGUAAAGAAGAUUUUGAGAAGGUCCGCCAGUGGGUGUCUAAUCUGGUGGAGACCUUUGAGAUCGGACCGGACAAGACCCGUGUAGGAGUGGUACGUUACAGUGACAGGCCAACCACAGAGUUUGACUUGAGAAGGUACCAAACUCGUGAGGAAAUCAAAGAAGCUGCAAGGAACAUUAAGUAUUAUGGGGGUAACACAAAUACCGGGGAUGCCCUCCGGUAUAUCAACAUCUAUAGCUUUUCCAAAGAGGCUGGCGGGAGGCCUAGUGACCCACCCAUUAAGAAAGUGGCUAUCCUUUUGACUGAUGGAAGGAGCCAGGAUUAUGUCAUGGAUGCAGCCACUGCGGCACGUAAGGCUGGAAUAAGAAUCUUUGCUGUGGGAGUUGGUGAGGCCUUAAAGGAGGAAUUGGAUGAAAUUGCUUCCGACCCUAAAUCUGCCCAUGUCUUCCACGUCUCUGAUUACAAUGCCAUUGAUAAAAUACGGGGGAAACUGAGACGACGGCUCUGUGAAAAUGUGCUGUGUCCAAAUGUCCAUGUGGAAGGAGAUCGAUUUAAACACACCAAUGGGGAGACUGAUGAAAUCCCAGGGUUUGACCUGGUGGAUUUGUUCAGCGUGAAGGAAAUUUUUGGAAGGAAAGAAAAUGGAAUUCAGAGUUCUUAUGUACGGCUUGGAAGCUUCCCCGUUGUGCAGAAAACUGAGAGUGUAUUCCCACAGGGCCUGCCUGAUGAAUAUGCCUUUGUAGCCACCUUCAAAUUUCGGAAGGCUUCCAGGAGAGAAGACUGGUAUAUUUGGCAGAUUAUCGACAAGUACGGCAUACCGCAGGUCUCUAUCCGCCUGGAUGGAGAGAACAAAGCUGUGGAGUACAGUUCCAUUGGCGGACCCAGAGGAGAAAAGGGCAAUGUUGGUGAAGUGGGGCUUCCCGGAUUACCAGGCUCUGCAGUACAAAUGGAAGGUCUGAAAGGAGAGCAAGGGGCCCCAGGCCCACGAGGACCACAAGGCCCACCUGGAGUUCCAGGAGCACCGGGUCCAGCUGGUUCAGAAGGCAAGGCCGGAGUUCCUGGUUUACAAGGUCAAAGGGGCAAGAAGGGUGAAGUUGGUCUCCCGGGACUCGAUGGCUUGCCUGGACCUCAGGGUCCAAUCGGUCCUCCUGGUGUUGCUGGCCCUCCUGGUGCUCCAGGAUUGCCUGGAGAAAUUGGUGUUUCUGGUAAAACUGGACUGCCAGGACCAGCUGGAUUGCCUGGCAAGGAUGGAUUAAAUGGUCUUCCUGGAUUUCCGGGCCAAAAGGGAGAGACAAGGAGAAAGGGACAGGAAGGUUUUCCUGGGAAAAGCUGGCCCAAGGGUGAGAGAGGAGAUCAGGGCCCAGCUGGUCUAGCUGGUGAGAAGGGUGAAGCAGGCCUCCCUGGUCCCCAGGGGUUACCUGGGAAGAAGGGAGAAAAGGGAGAUCAGGGUGAAAAAGGAAGAGCUGGACUCACCGGACUCAAAGGGGAAAGCGGUGAGAAGGGUGACGUGGGUCCUGCUGGUCCCCCCGGUUUACCCGGAACAACAGCCGUGUUUACCCCACACCCUCAGAUUCCUGGAGAAAUUGGGCCAAAGGGAGAGAAAGGAGAUCGAGGAAACAGCGGGGAACCCGGGCAGCCUGGUGUCCCAGGUGAAAUGGGGCUGCCAGGACCUCCAGGACCACAGGGUGCAAAAGGACAGGAAGGAGCCAGAGGAGAGCCAGGAGUCCGUGGAGAGACAGGUGCUCCUGGAUCUCUUGGGCCCCCAGGUCCAAAAGGCUUGCCAGGAAACGUGGGUGUACCUGGAGACGCUGGCCAACCCGGAAAGGAUGGACAAAAGGGUGAAAAGGGUGACCCAGGACAGGGAGGAAAACCAGGACUACCUGGGCUCGCAGGUGAGCCUGGCCCUGCUGGAAUACCUGGCUUACCAGGGAAGGGUAAAGAUGGAGAACGGGGUGAAAGAGGCCCCCCAGGCUUACCAGGACCCCUCGGACCCAAGGGAGAUAGGGGAGUUCCUGGUCUUCCUGGCCAGCCAGGAGACAGAGGCGCACCAGGAGUUGGAAUAGCUGGACCUCCUGGCCCUGUGGGACCAGCAGGAGACAAAGGGCCAUCGGGCCCUCGAGGUUUACCAGGUGUUCCAGGCCCACAGGGGCCAACUGGGCAGGAUGGUUUACCUGGAAAUCCCGGGGAAAGAGGACCUCCUGGAAAGCCAGGUGCCUCCUCCCUCCUUUCUCCUGAGGAUAUAAAUCUCCUAGUCAAGGAUGUGUGUAAUGACUGCCCACCUGGCCCCCCGGGGCUCCCUGGAGUGCCAGGCUUCAAGGGUGAUAGAGGGGCCCAAGGACCUCCGGGCAGAGAUGGCCUGAAUGGGAAAAUGGGUGAUCCUGGACCCCGAGGUCUUCCAGGCCCUCCAGGAGUGGAUGGUCCAAAGGGCACUAAAGGAGACCGUGGGACAUCUGGGGAUGCUGGACCAAAAGGUGGACAGGGUCACCCUGGAAUGCCUGGCUUCUCGGGACCUCCUGGAAACCCAGGCCCACCUGGAACAGAUGGCAAACCAGGACCUGCAGGACCCCCAGGAAUGCCUGGGGAUAUAGGUAAAGAUGGCCCGCCAGGUCCCCUGGGCCCACCAGGACUGCCUGGCCUUCAGGGCGUUGACGGCAAGAAUGGCAAGCCUGGAUCUCCCGGGGAACCGGGCAAACCAGGAGAACCUGGGCUCCCAGGCCAAGAGGGGGCCAGAGGGUUACCGGGCUUCAAGGGGCACAGCGGAGAUGCAGGUCCCCCAGGCCCUAGGGGAGAGCCAGGCGUGACCGGUCCUGCUGGUCGUGAGGGCCUACCGGGGAAGGAUGGUGAUACAGGCCCCACAGGACCUCAAGGUCCUCGAGGACUCAGAGGCCAGCCAGGCAAGAAUGGCUCACCCGGCCCCCCAGGGAAAGCUGGCCUUGCAGGUAACCCAGGUCCACAAGGAAACAAAGGAGAAAAUGGCAGCCCUGGACUUCCUGGCUUCAUUGGGCCCCGAGGCCCUCCAGGUGACUCGGGAGAGAAGGGGUCCCCAGGAAAAGAGGGUGCAGCCGGGAAACCAGGCAACCAUGGACCCAAAGGAGACGCGGGAGAUCCUGGCAUCAAAGGUGACACAGGCCCGCAGGGAGAAAAAGGCCUGCCUGGGGAUCCUGGCAUACCUGGCCAUAAAGGCCACACUGGAUUGAUGGGUCCCCAAGGACCACCAGGAGACAGUGGGCCAGCUGGACCUCCAGGCCCCCCAGGACAGCCAGGCUUCCCUGGGCCCAGGGGGGACUCUCCAUCACUGGAGACUCUGAGACGGCUCAUCCAAGAAGAGUUAGGAAAGCAGCUAGAUGCAAAACUAGCCUAUCUCAUGGCCCAGAUGCAGCCAGUGCACGUUAAAGCACCCCAAGGCAGGCCAGGGCCUCCGGGGUCUCCCGGUAAGGAAGGACUCCCAGGAAGACCUGGCCCUCCAGGAGAGCCCGGCCGACCUGGACAGACAGGGUCUGAAGGGCCAUCAGGACCAGUGGGUCCAAAAGGUGAAAGAGGUGUGAAGGGUGAGAGAGGAGAUCCUGGUGUUGGUCAGAGGGGUGAAAUUGGUCCUCCAGGAAUUCCAGGCCUCCCAGGGGAACCUGGCUAUGGCAAAGAUGGGAUGCCAGGAGCACCAGGCCCACAAGGGGAAGCUGGGGUGCCAGGCCUCAUGGGCCCACAAGGACCUCCAGGAGCCAGUGGACAGUGCGAUCCCUCUCAGUGUGCUUACUAUGCAAGUCUGGCUGCCCGGCCCGGCAAUGUCAAAGGGCCUUAGCCAGCCCUGGGGACUCUCCCCAGACUGGUUUCCGAAACUUGAAUUCAACAAGCCUACCAGGAGCUCUUGGAUUGUUCCCUAGCUGCAUUUCUUUAUCGGAGGUCUUUGAGAUGAUCAAAGCCAACAAAUGCUGCCGGUCGGUCAGAUUAUUAUUAAUUAUUAUUUUUAUUAUUUUGUUGAUGUGAGAAAUGUGUUUGGUUUUGUUCUCUUUAAA